AACCAGGUGUAUCUCUCGGUCAAUCAAUACUUUAUAUCAAGUUCUCAGGACCAGCUUUACGUUACAUGCGCUACAAGUCUAAUUAUACCAGGGUCCAACCAGAUACCGUAUCUCGACCUUACGAUUCGGGCAGGUGGUUAUGAACCCAGGGGACCUGACCUAUCACAUGCAAUCUUUUGGCGGAUGAUCGACAAGUAUAGAUCGGAUCCGUCGAUCUCGGUCUCCUGAAAUGAACAAGCGACUUAUAAACAGAUGAGCCCCUGAGUUAAAUAAAUAGGUAUUGCUGAUAUGUUGUGGGGUGCUGGUUGUCUUCUUUCUUGGCCAUUUCUCAUCCGGACGAUAUUAGAAAAAUGAAGUUUGCAGGCUUCACGGCGGUCGUCGCGGCGACAGCAGCUUCAGUUGUGGCAGCAGAUGGCUCGGCGGGUUGCGGUAAGACCGACGCGAUACCUGAUAUCUACCGCGGGUUGACGAGUAGCGGACGGCUGCGGACAUAUUCAAUCCACCUACCGAGCAAUUACAGCGAGUCAUCGCCGUACCCGGUGGUUCUCGGGUUCCAUGGUUCUAGCAGCGUUGGGUUAUUCUUUGAAGCCGACACGAAAAUGAGCGAGGAUCGAUUCAGCGCAAAUAAAAUCAUGGUCUAUCCCGACGGCGUCGGCGGCGCAUGGGCUGGCGCGAAUUACUCCGAGGUAUCAGUUGAUGAGGACCUGCAGUUCGUAUCGGACCUCCUCGAUGACGUCCGGGGCGCAUACUGUGUAGAUGAUAGCCGGAUCUAUGCGACAGGCAUGUCCAUAGGCGGCGGCUUCGUCAACACCAUUGCCUGCAGUGCAGUAGGCGACAAUUUCGCGGCCUUCGCGCCCGCAUCUGGGUCAUACUAUACAGAUGACGACGCCGCGCAUGGAAAUUGUGCGCCGGCGCGAAACCCGCUACCGUUAUUGGAGGUGCACGGUGGUAGUGACGAGAGUGUGAAGUAUGAUGGUGGAGAUGGUGAGGGCGGCGAAGAACCAUCUAUUGAAACAUGGCUUGGCUGGUGGGCACAGCGAAAUGGGUGCGACGAUAGCACUAAAAGCGUUGAAGACAGCUUCGAUGGGGACGUGCAUCAUACCGGUUGGUCGUGUGGCGGUACCGACGGUGUGUUGCAGCAUUGGAAGGUUGAUGAUAUGGGCCAUUGCUGGGCCUCGACUGAGAUCAACUUUUCCCAAAUCUCGGUGGGCGAGGGCCCGACACAUAUCCAGGCGUCGCAGAUUAUUAUGGAUUUCUUCGACAAGUUUACUAAGCCGUAAAGAACUUCAGAUACGGAUAGGUAUACUUAGGAUAUUGUUUUGUGUAGAUGUGGUUGU